AACUCCUUUAACAUUCCUUUAAAAUUUGACAAGUUUGGACUAACAACAUUUAAAUUUAUUACAAAAUUAUUAAGUAUGGAAUAAACAAAUUUUUAAUCUGUUUAAUAUAAUACAAAAUUAUCAGUAUGUCUGAAACUAAAGUUAUUGAUACAACUGACGUUAUUUGUGAUUUGAAAGCUGCAGUAAAAGCUUUAGAAUGCCGUAAUAAAAUGCAAUUAUUAAAACAAAAAAUAGAACAGCAACAACAAGCACCAGUAUUUAUAUUGAUUCCUGUUGAGGAAGUAGUUCAUAAAGAUAAAAGUCCAUGUCAAUUUAGCAGAAAACAAAUUAUACACACAGAUAGAACUUUAAAAAGCACUUGCAGAAAAAAAUCAAAAUUAACAGACUUAAAGUUUCCUGAAAUGCGUGGUGGAGUUUUAUAUACAAAAUGUAUGUGUUUGCAUAGAAAUGGACUUCAGGAUUCGUGUCCGUUAACUAAAUGCCAAGGUCAACCACAAUGUCUUGUAACCCCAUGGCCAAUCUGUCCACCUGCAAAAUUUAUUAGAUCUCGUUAUCCAGGACAGUAUCCAAUGCCAAUUAAGUCUGAUCGUAGAAAAUGUUAAAAGUUUUAUAAAAAAACAGUAUCAUACAAAAUAUCAUGAAAAAAUACGGGAUAAUAUACAAUAAUAUAAUUUGAAAUGCUGCCUCAGUAUAUCUUUACUAUUGAAAUUACAUCUUAACAAAAUAAUAUUGUUGAUUCUAACAUUAUUAUUGUAUUAAAGCCUAUGUAAAUAU